ACGACCAGAACAUGAAGCUGAGACGCAGCGUCGGAGAACUGCUGGUGUGUUGCACUGCAUUGUGGGUAGUCGUGUCCUCCUCCUCCUCGCCCACUGGGACUGAAGCUCCUCCUCCUCCUGGAUGUGACUCCAUGUUGUCGUUCUCCUCUGAGGUCUCCUCCUUUUCUGGUGGACAAAGCAACGUCAACAGGAGGUCUCUGUCUCCGUGGAAAUGGAGCUCGUCCACUGUGAAGGACCGGAUCCCCUCCACCGUCUGGGAGGCCGAGUGCCUGGACGCCUUCUGCUCCGGUCUGGACGAACACCGGCUGAUGUCAGUUCCUGUCUACCAGAGCGUCCUGGUCCUGAGCCGCCAGCAGGGGGCGCGCUGCUACACCGCGUCCUACCUGUCGGUGGCCGUGGGCUGCACCUGCGUCUGGGCCCAAACCAACCAGAACUGA